GUUUGCAAGCAGUGAUCUAGGCGAAAAACCAACAUGUCUGAGUAUAUUCGGGUGACUGAAGAUGAGAAUGACGAACCCAUUGAAAUACCAUCAGAAGAUGAUGGCACAGUGCUGCUGUCAACGGUCACGGCCCAGUUUCCAGGGGCUUGUGGCCUGCGCUACAGGAAUCCCGUAUCUCAGUGUAUGAGAGGGGUCCGACUAGUAGAAGGGAUUCUGCACGCCCCAGACGCUGGCUGGGGAAAUCUGGUCUACGUUGUCAAUUAUCCCAAAGAUAACAAAAGAAAAAUGGAUGAGACAGAUGCUUCAUCAGCAGUAAAAGUGAAAAGAGCAGUCCAGAAAACAUCUGAUUUCAUAGUGUUGGGUCUGCCAUGGAAAACAACCGAACAAGGUCUAAAAGAAUAUUUUAGUACUUUUGGAGAAGUUCUAGUGGUUCAGGUCAAAAAAGAUCUUAAAACUGGUCAUUCCAAAGGAUUUGGCUUUGUUCGUUUUACGGAAUAUGAAACCCAGGUGAAAGUAAUGUCACAGCGACAUAUGACAGAUGGACGGUGGUGUGACUGUAAACUUCCUAAUUCUAAGCAAAGCCCAGAUGAGCCUUUAAGGAGUAGGAAGGUGUUUGUUGGACGUUGUACUGAAGAUAUGACUGCUGAGGAGUUAGAGCAGUUCUUUUGCCAGUAUGGAGAAGUCGUGGAUGUCUUCAUUCCCAAACCAUUCAGGGCUUUUGCCUUUGUUACUUUUGCAGAUGACCAGGUUGCCCAGUCUCUUUGUGGAGAGGACUUGAUCAUUAAGGGAAUCAGCGUACAUAUAUCCAAUGCUGAACCUAAGCACAAUAGCAAUAGACAGUUAGAAAGAAGUGGAAGAUUUGGUGGUAAUCCAGGUGGUUUUGGAAAUCAGGGUGGAUUUGGUAAUAGUCGAGGGGGUGGAACUGGCUUGGGAAAUAAUCAAGGUAGUAAUAUGGGUGGAGGGAUGAAUUUUGGGGCUUUCAGUAUUAAUCCAGCAAUGAUGGCUGCGGCCCAAGCAGCACUGCAGAGCAGCUGGGGUAUGAUGGGCAUGUUAGCCAGUCAGCAAAACCAGUCAGGCCCUUCAGGUAAUAAUCAAAAUCAAGGCAACAUGCAGAGGGAGCCAAAUCAGGCCUUUGGUUCCGGAAAUAACUCUUACAGUGGCUCUAAUUCUGGUGCAGCAAUUGGCUGGGGAUCAACAUCAAAUGCAGGGUCAGGCAGUGGUUUUAAUGGAGGCUUUGGUUCGAGCAUGGAUUCCAAGUCAUCUGGCUGGGGAAUGUAGACAGGGGUGCUGUUUGAUUGAUAUAGACUGGAAGAAUUCAAAUUUUUCUAGACUCAUGGUAAGUAUAUUGUAAGAUAUAUAUGUACUAAAAAUUUUCAAAAUUGGUUUGUUCAGUGUGGAGUAUAUCAGCAGUAUUUUUGACAUUUUUCUUUAGAAAAAGAGGAAGAACUAAAGGAAUUUUAUAAGUUUUGUUACUUAAAAAGGUUGAAAUACUUGAGUGAUUGAAAGUGAACUGCUGUUUGCCUGAUUGGUAAACCAACACACUACAAUUAAUAUCAAAAGGUUUCUCCUGUAUCCCUGGACUUGUCAAGUGAAUUCUUUGC